AUGGGCAAAAAAAGACGUGGUCCCUCUCUUGAGGAGCUCCUUGAUCGCCCAUGGUGCUACUACUGCGAACGUGACUUCGACGACCUGAAGAUCCUCAUCUCUCAUCAGAAAGCAAAGCAUUUCAAGUGUGACAACUGCAAUCGCAGGCUGAAUACAGCUGGAGGUCUAUCCGUGCACUUGAGCCAAGUCCAUAAAGAGCAAUUGACCCAGGUCCACAAUGCGCUGCCGAACCGCAUGGGUGUCGAUGUUGAGAUUUUUGGCAUGGAGGGUAUCCCCGCAGACGUCCUCAAGGCCCAUCAGCAGCGUGUUGCUUCACAAUUUCAGCAGGCCGAGCUGGAUCGCCAGCAUGCGACAGGCAACCCUCCUACUGGCGCCUCUUCUGGGGGUCAGCCGGCAAAGAAGCCUAAGCUUGAACCUGUCUCAGAUAUCAAGAAGCGACUGGCUGAGCACAAGGCCAGGCGUGCGGAGGCGCUUGCCGGGGGUAGCAGCGGCGAUGUAACACCCUCUAGUGCUGUUCAGUCUACGCCAACAUCUGGUGUAUAUGCGCAAUCGCCUCAGAUCGCAGCCGCUCAGCAAUACUCUUAUCCUCAGCCAUACGGUGGGCCCCCCGCCGCUGUGACACCUCAUUUCUCGCAGACUGGCAGUCCUGUCUAUUCAAGCUACUCCCCGGUUGGUGGACAGCAACUCCCUGGUGCCUCGCCCUACACUCCGACCGGAUAUCCCUCGCCAUUCCCCGCCGGACUUCCUGCGCAGCCACCAGUCUCCUAUGGGGCUCCUCCUUACCCCCAGCAACAACCUCCACCAUCCGAUAACAGAUUUAUGGGCCUACCGGCCGCCUCAAACCUUCCCCAGCGUCCUGCUUUUGGUGUACCUUCAGUCAACGCGCACGAAAUGCAAAAGAUGCACAUGGGACACGUGCCCCUCACCCCCGCAGCUUUGGGUCACUCUAAUGGAGACAGCGCCCAACCAACCAAGCAUGUCUCCACACCUCAGCAAACCCAAAAAGAAAAGACCAAGCCCGCGAUCCGAAUGGUUUACAAUGACGAUACGUUCAGUCCCGAGGAGAAGAAGGCGCAGCUACCUCGAUAUGCAUACGUCCCAGAUCAAAGCACGCAAACCGCCCUCGGCGAGAUCCCCGGCAACGCAAUCGUGGGCGCCAUUCAAGAGUCCGACACGGUGAUCGAUCCGGCACAUUAA